AUGAAUCACAACAGAAAGACCCAGAUCGCCAUCUUUUCGAAUGAUUACAACGUCCCAAAUGCCGCUGCAUCGGAUCCUAGGGCCAGACCCGCGACUCAUGCGGCAGCAGGAAAAGCCGAUAGACACCUGCCAGUGCAGACAGAGAACCAGAAGAAGGAGCGCUUUCUAGCCGUGGACUCGGCAAAAGGUCUCCAUAGCCCGAAACACGACAACACGUUGGACCGCCCAUCGGACGUCGAAAACGGCUCACCCUGGAAGCACUAUCAGGCGGAAUUCGAGCUCCAAGAUCUCGGGGGCACUCUGACAGUGGCGUCAAGGCAUCGGAGGCUUUUCCACAUUAGUGAACUGGCCCGUACGGAGUCAAAAGAAGUCCUGGAAAAGCUGAGAAGGCUCCGCCACCCAAACGUUGUCGAGUUCAUCCACGCGUACAUGACGCCCACCUCUUUACACGCUGUCUUCGAGGCCACGGCUGUCAGCCUUUUACACGUGGCGAAAUGCCCGACAUAUCCUGACAAAUCACAGCUGGGUGCCAUAGUCGGGCAGGCCAGGCAUUCGGCAUCUGACGUUUGGAAUCGUGUAGCCAACCAGCAGCUUUGUCAACCGCUUCAAGGCCACAGCCGCCGUCACCUUACGGCCCUCAGCCGUGUCGUUCAACUCCUCAUGCAAAAGUACUGCAAGGAGACGCCAGGCAUCGACGACCUCGGCCGCUGGCCUCCCGACUCGGACGGCUUUACCUUUCUGGUCGCGAUCGAUUCUGCGUCGUCAGUCGUUGAGUUACAAAAUGUUCCACCCCCUCGUCAGACAUCGGGAUACGGAAUGCCUCCUCGGUCUUGUCAGUUUGACACGCGUUGCGGUUUUUCCGCGAGAGUACAGAUGUGGGGCCAAGGCAACACCGUUGUCGAACUGAGCUUCUCCUCGUUGCUGUUCACCGCACUACUUCAGUCCUUUACUCCUCCUUCGCCUGUACUUGUCUGUCUAUCAAUUCUGUUAUUUUUUCUCCCGGUUCUCAAUUCUCCUGACCAGAAGUGCUCCAUGGACUGGGUUACCGUUUCCUAUGCAAUCUGCCUUGCGGGCAUGAUUGUCGGUCUAGCUUUCUUGAACGUCCUGUCUCGCACGGGCAGAGCUCGGAAACGACUCGCCCAUCUCAUGGAGAAGUACCUCGUAUAUCGGCUUCUCGUUCAUCGCCACUCGUUGCUUGGUCCUUGGAGCGCUAUUUCCUUGCUCGUUCCGACCCUCCUCCUGGGCGUAAACGUGUUCUGCCUGGCAUUCCGACCGUCGACCAUUCUCGCCCGCUCCGGAAACCUGGCUCUCCUCAACAUGCUUCCCCUGUUCUCUGGACCCUGCCUGGAUUUUACCGCAGACAUGCUCGCCGUACCUUUUCAACACUACGUAGUAUUCCACAGGUGGCAGGGUCGCGUUGCAACAAUGCUCCUCGCGGGCCACAUCAUCAGCGCCAUGGAAGACGACAAACUCCCGGUUCAAGUCUCUGAAGGUGCCAGCGAGCUCCUCAUGGUUACGGGUUCCAUCGCCAUGGUGGCAGCGGCAACAAUGACCUUUCUCCCCUUUUUCCGACGCCGCAUCUACGAGCUAUGUCUGAGAACCCAUCAAGCGCUCUCUUGCCUGGCAGCGGUGGGGCUCGCAUUCCAUCUGCGGUCGAUGGCCGGUCGUUCGUGGCUAUGGCUGUCCGUCUACCUUGCCGUGACGGUGCUGAUAACCUUUUCGCAAGUGGGCCUGAUGGCAUUUCGUAACAAGACGAUGGGACGAACGUUUGGCAGAGCCUACAUCAACCAUGAUGCCGGGGCCGUGCGCGUCUCGAUACAGCUAUCGAGGCCACUUGCAUUCGAGGCGGGCCAGUAUCUGCUGUUGUGGAUGCCGAGAGUCCGCCUGUUGGAGAGCCACCCCUUCGUCGUGACCUCGUGGGCCGAGGCGGAACAGGGCAUCGUCGACCUCUUCAUCGAGCCGCGGAGAGGAUUCACUUCCAGCCUUGUUCGGUAUUCUCACGAGCAGGCCGUGCCACGGCUGGCCUUUCUUUCCGGCCCGCACGGCGUAAGCGUGCCGGUGUGGGAUUACGAGGCGGUGCUUAUGGUGGCCACGGGCCACGGAAUCGCAGCUCAAGCCCCGUACCUGAAGAAGCUGGUCUACGGAUACAACCACUGUAGAGGUCGUACGCGACAGAUUCAUCUUGUCUGGCAGGUCGCCAAUCUUGAUAUCGUGCACGCGGCUGAGUCCAUCCUGAACCCCAUACUGAAUGACGACACGCUAGACAACGGCUACAUCCUAGAGAUUUCCAUCUUCUUGGACACGCAGGCGCGGGGAAUGUCCGUCGGCGAUCUCCAGACUCUUUUACCAGAGUGUGCCAGCGACGAGCAGAUAGUUGCGUGCGCCCCAACACAUGUCCUGAGCACGGCUGAUGCCGAGCGGCUGAUCACCAAGCAUCUCCACGGCGGCAGCAGCCGGUCACACGGUGAACCGACUCGCGUGAAGGACUUUGGCACAAGAGCGCGGCUUUAUGUCGGAAGCCCUGACCUCACGGCGAGCCUAUGGGCCGAAGCAUCCCAUUUGUUCGGCCGAACAUCGCCCGACGCAGUUGAAAACAUGGGAGACAUGUUGAUCCUCGGUACGCGCUGUGGUCUCGAUGGCGAACGCUUUCUGACCGUUUUGGUAGUAUCAGCUGCGAAUGCAACGCGAGAUGUCCUUUGCGAUCUUGCAGGAGGGUUUCUGAUGGAUGAGAACCACCCUUUGUACUCUGAAUUCCAGAGAAGAGAAGAUGUUCGCGAGUAUCUCCAAACUCAUGUGUGGCUGCGAGGGCUUGAUUAUCAGCCAGCCGACUGA